AUGACAACAAACGGAAUUCCUUCGUUCCCUUUCUCAAAGGCGAAGAUAUCGAUUUCGAACAAAAAGGGAAUCUCGAGUACAAGCCAAGGAGAAAGACUGCCAUCUCAGGCAUACCAUCGACAGAGUCAGGAAAGGACAGGCAUAAGGCACGCUAAAAAAAUCCGAUCUUUCAACUCUAUCCCUUCUCCAGCUAACCAAGCUAAUUCCCAGCUCCCUAUGAGCUCAGAGUCGCUAACGCAAAGAGGAAGAAGAGCUAUUUCCAUCAUUCCAAUAGUAACAAGGGUCAUUGGGAGACUACUAAGGAGAAAGUCUUCAGCAGAAGACUCACAAAGGGAUACUGACAAGGCCAAAAACAAAAUUCGGAUUCGGGUGCUCUUGCCGAGGAAGAAUGGAAUGAUUCUUGCCACUUUUUAUUCCCUUAUGCCAAUCCUGACUCUGAUCGCCUUGAAUACUAUCCUUUCCUUAGGAAUAGCAGGAAAGAUCAGAUCCAUGAAGACUAUGGGUCAGGGGUCAGGAUAUUUAGUUAAACCCGCCCCAGUCUUUAACCUGGGAAUAAAAUAUUUAAAAAAGAUCCUCCCGGAAAAGCUUGAACGUGUCGAGCAGAAGUCUUUCCAAAGCCAAAAAUUCAAGGAAUUGGAUUUCUUUCAUGCCUUACUUUCAAAGGUUGGGUUCUCUCUGGGCGGUCGAGCCCUAUCCUUUGCUCUAAGAGGGUUGGGCUGCUCAGCAGGGCUUGCCUUGACUGUAGACUUUACUUUACGAGCGCUGCUCACAUACCAAAACCAUAUGAUGCCUCUCGGCGAGGGGACAUCAGGCUCUGAGUCUCCGGCAUCUCAGUCGGACUCCCCAUGCCUCCUCGGAAACAGAUUCGGACGGAUCUCCACCACAAUCCAUCUCGUCCCCUGGGAGCGUCACCGCUGCGGAGGUAGAAAGUCACACGCGGGAUGA